AUGGCCCUGGUCAUCGCCUUACCUGGGGAAACACAUGGCAACCAGGUGCACUAUGGGAAGAAGCCAAGCCCGGCAGAGGCAGUGGAGUUGGACUCCAAAUAUUCAAAUAGAACCUGUGGAUUGUGUGGCGAUUUCAGUGGGGUCUAUAAGAAGUUAAUUCCGUCAGAUAAACUGCUCAACUACAAUGAGUUUGGAAAUAAGCAAAAAUCUUCCAACUUAAACCAAUUCUGCAAUGAUCCUUCUGAAGUAGAAAAUAAGACAAAUUGGGUAGACCAAUGUAAAAAUUAUCGGGCGGAUUGUGAAGACCGUUUGAAAAAUACAGACUGGUCCUCCUGUAUCAAGAUUUUACCCCCUGAGCCGUAUAUCGAGGCCUGUAUGAAUGAUAUUUGCUUGAAUCAACUUAAAGACACUGUCAACUUCACGCUCUGUGCGACUUUGUCUGAAUAUUCACGUCAGUGUUCGCACGCUGGGGGAACUCCGCCGAACUGGAGAAGAGCUGACUUCUGCGCUGUGACAUGCCCCUACAAUAUGGUACAUUCUGAAAGCGGCUCUCCCUGUAUGGACACAUGUAUGCACAAAGAUACAAACGCACUGUGUGAGGAACACCACAUCGAUGGCUGCUUCUGCCCACAAGGAACUGUGUUUGAUGAAAUCUCAAACAAGGGCUGCAUUCGGGUGGAAGAGUGUCAGUGUAAGCAUGAAGGCAUCUACAUGCCAGGACAGAUUCUCCGCAAACAUAACGAGGAAUGUGUAUGUAAGAAUGGAGAAUGGAUCUGUAUAAGUGUUCCCCGCCCUGGCCUGUGUGCUAUAGAGGAAGGAUCACACUUCACCACCUUUGAUGGGAAAGAAUUCACUUUCCAUGGAGACUGUAACUAUGUGCUUUCUAAAGACUGUGAGAAGUCCAAGUUCAACAUAUUUGGUCAUAUUGUUCCUUGUUUCGCUGGAAAAACUGACACCUGUUUGCAAUCUAUUGUGGUAUUGUUUGACAACGACAAGAAAAAUCCUCUGAUUAUUAAAGCUGACAGGACGGUACAACACAAUGCAGAAGUUUCACUUCCUUACACGACAGCUGACUUCACGGUGUUCAAGCCGUCAUCGUUUCACAUCAUGCUUCAGACCACCUUUGGGCUCCAGGUGCAGGUUCAGCUGGUGCCUCUUAUGCAGGUGUACAUCACUGUGGACCAAAGCUUCCAGGGCAAGACUUGUGGUAUCUGUGGAAAUUUUAACAAAGUGCUGUUUGAUGAUCUGAAGACCCCUCAGGGAGUGGUGGAGGGUACAGCAGUUUCUUUCGCAAACGCAUGGAAGGCCCUCUCCAAUUGCCCCGACCGUACUGAGAGAAUGGACGACCCCUGUUCCUACAGAAGUGACAGCGUGCCCUUCAUUGAGAACUGGUGUUUCAAGAUGAAGGACGAGAAGAGCCCCUUUGCCAAAUGUCACACCACUGUCAAUCCAGACAGCUACUACAAAAGAUGCAGAUACUCCAGCUGUACCUGUGAGAAGAUUGAGGACUGUCUGUGUGCUGUGUUUUCCUCAUACGCCCGGGCCUGUGCAGCUGAAGGAAUAUUCCUUCAAGGCUGGAGAGAAAUUGUUUGCAAGAAGUAUACAGAGAAUUGCCCGGCCUCGCAGAACUACUCAUACCAGCUGCAGAGCUGUCAGCGUACCUGUCUGUCUCUCGCCUCUCAGCGCCAAAGCUGCAGUGUUAACUUUUUGCCUGUUGAUGGAUGUGCAUGUCCAGAUGGACUCUACCAAGAUGAGAAUGGACUGUGUGUACCUAUAGAAAAAUGUCCAUGUUUCCACAACGAACAGAAAAUUUAUCCCGGCAAGUCUGUCAUCAUUAGGGAUGAACAUUGCGUUUGCGUGAAAGGAAAAUUCCAAUGUUAUUCCUUGAAACCCCAAAUUUAUGGAUGCUCCUCUCCGAAGGUUUUCUUCAACUGCAGUACAGCAGGCCCAAAUGAACAUGGAUUGGAGUGUGCAAAGACUUGUUUGCAACAGAACGUUGACUGUUUCUCACUUGACUGUCAGUCUGGCUGCCAGUGUCCUUCAGGUCUAUUGGAUGAUGGCAGAGGAAAUUGUGUUAAACCGGAUAACUGCCCGUGUACACACAAUGGAGAGUUGAAAGAACCAGGAAAAACGAUAACCAUAGAUUGCAAUGAUUGCACUUGCCAACAGGGAAAAUGGAAUUGUACUUAUCGUAAGUGUCCAGGCAUAUGCACCAUAUAUGGCAGCGGACAUUACAGAACUUUUGAUCACCAAAUAUUUGGAUUCAGGGGAGACUGCAGUUAUAUUGCUGUUCAGAACAAGUGUGGAAAUAAAACUGGCAAUUUUCACGUAAUAACUGAGAAUAUGCCUUGUGGAACAACAGGAACCCCAUGUUCAAAGGUUGUCAGGAUCAUUUUGGGGGGAACUCAGUUGCUGCUUUCUGAUGGGACCAUAACAGCCACUUACAAUGAAAGUGGUCCAGAGAUCAGGUACACUGUGAGCAACAUUGGUAUGUACCUUGUCAUUGAUACUGACAUUGGACUGACAAUUAUGUGGAAACACAAAACCACCGUAUACAUCAUUCUGCAACCUCAGCACAUGGGAGAUGUUUGUGGCCUCUGCGGAAAUUUCAAUGAAAAUGCAAAAGAUGACUUUACCACUCAGGGAAAUUUGCUGACUACAAAUAAAAUUGAGUUUGUUGACAGCUGGAAAGUGGCAAGCCAAUGUCUUGAUAAAAACCCAGACUUUAACCCAUGCUUUAAUGCUCCUAGACGAUUUAACUUUGCAAACGUACAAUGUGGCAUCAUAAAGGGAGUUACAUUCCAAAAAUGCCAUAACACGGUGGAUCCAAACCCAUAUUAUGAUAACUGUGUGAGCGACUCAUGUGCAUGUGAUGCAGGUGGAGAUUGUGAGUGCUUCUGUACAGCUGUUGCAGCUUAUGCUCAAGCCUGCAAUAAGGCAGGUGUUUGUGUGAACUGGAGAACACCUGAAAUGUGCCCUGUGUACUGUGAAUACUACAAUAAAGAAAGAGAAGACUGUAUAUGGCAUUACAGUCCUUGUCAUAUACCUUGCUACAAAACCUGUCGCAACCCUAAUGCUACCUGCAAUAACAUUUUACCCAACCUGGAAGGAUGUUAUCCAAAAUGUCCCAGUAACAAAUUUUUUGAUGAGAAAAAUCGGAUCUGUGUGGAGAACUGUUUCACUACCACGAAUCCUACAAAAACAACAGAGUAUACCACAUCACCUACACCAUCAACUACCACAAAGCCUACUACAACAACAGAAUCUACCACAUCACCUACACCAUCAACUACCACAAAGCCUACUACAACAACAGAAUCUACCCCUACUCCAUCAACUACCACAAAGCCUACUACAACAACAGAAUAUAGCACAUCACCUAAACCGUCCACUACCACAAAACCUACUACAACGACCGAAUCUACCCCUACACCAACAACUACCACAAAGCCUACUACAACAACAGAAUAUACCACAUCACCUACACCGUCCACGACCACAAAACUUACUACAACAACCGAAACUACCCCUACACCAUCAACUACCACAAAGCCUAAUACAACAACAGAAUCUACCCCUACACCAUCAACUACCACAAAGCCUACUACAACAACAGAAUCUACCACAUCACCUACACUGACACCUACCACAAAACCUACUACAACAACAGAAUCUACCACAUCAUUUACAUCAACAACAACAGAAUAUACCACAUCACCUACACCAUCAACUUCCACAAAGCCUGCUACAACAACAGAAUCUACCACAUCACCUACACCAUCAACUACCACAAAGCCUACUACAACAACCGAAUCUACCCCUACACCGACAACUACCACGAAGCCUACUACAACAACAGAAUCUACCACAUCACCUACAGCGACAACUACCACAAAACCUACUACAACUACAGAGUCUACGACAUCACUUACACCAAUAACUACCACAAAGCCUACUAUAACAACAGAAUCUACCACAUCAUUUACACGAACAACAACAGAAUAUACCACAUCACCUACACCAUCAACUACCACAAAGCCUACUACAACAACAGAAUAUACCACAUCACCUACACCGUCAACUACCACAAAGCCUACUACAACAACAGAAUCUACGACAUCACCUACACCCACAACUACCACAAAACCUACUACAACAACAGAAUCUACCCCUACACCAUCAACUACCACAAAGCCUACUACAACAACCGAAUCUACCCCUAAACCGACAACUACCACGAAGCCUACUACAACAACAGAAUCUACCACAUCACCUACAGCGACAACUACCACAUCACCUACUACAACAACACAGAGCUCUACGACAUCACUUACACCAGUAACUACCACAAAACCUACUAUAACAACAGAAUCUACCACAUCAUUUACACCAACAAUUACAGAAUAUACCACAUCACCUACACCAAUCUACCCCUACACCAUCAGCUACCACAAAGCCUACUACAACAACCGAAUCUAUCCCUACACCAACAACUACCACGAAGCCUACUACAACAACAGAAUCUACCACAUCACCUACAGCGACAACUACCACAUCACCUACUACUACAACAGAGUCUACGACAUCACUUACACCAAAUCUACCCCUACACCAUCAACUACCACAAAGCCUACUACAACAACCGAAUCUACCCCUACACCCGACAACUACCACGAAGCCUACUACAACAACAGAAUCUACCAUAUCACCUACACCGACAACUACCACAAAACCUACUACAACAACAGACCUACUACAACAACAGAAUCUACCACAUCACCUACAGCGACAACUACCACAUCACCUACUACAACAACAGAGUCUACGACAUCACUUACACCAGUAACUACCACAAAACCUACUAUAACAACAGAAUCUACCACAUCAUUUACAUCAACAACAACAGAAUAUACAAAACAACCUACACCGACAACUACCACGAAGCCUACUAUAACAACAGAAUCUACCACAUCACCUACACCAUCAAAUACCACAAUGUCUACUUCAACAACAGAAUCUACCACAUCACCUACACCGACAACUACCACAAAGCAUACUACAACAACUGAAUCUACCCCUACACCAUCAGCUAAAACAAAGCCUACUACAACAACCGAAUCUACCCCUAAAGUGACAACUACCACGAAGCCUACUACAACAACAAAAUCUACCACAUCACCUACAGCGACAACUACCACAAAACCUACUACAACAACAGAGUCUACGACAUCACUUACACCAAUAACUACCACAAAACCUACUAUAACAACAGAAUCUACCACAUCAUUUACACCAACAACAACAGAAUAUACCACAUCACCUACACCGUCAACUACCACAAAGCCUACUACGACAACAGAAUAUACCAGAUCACCUACAUCGUCAACUACCACAAAGCCUACUACAACAACAGAAUCUACCAUAUCACCUACACCGACAACUACCACAAAAUCUACUACAACAACAGAGUCUACGACAUCACUUACACCAAUAACUACCACAAAACCUACUACAACAACAGAAUAUACCACAUCACCUCCUACAACAACAGAAUCUACCCCUACACCAUCAGCUACCACAGCCUACUACAACAACCAAUAUACCCUACACCCGACAACUACCACAAAACCUACUACAACAACAGAAAUAUACCACAUCACUUACACCGUCAACUACCACAAAGCCUACUACAACAACAGAAUCUACCCCUACACCAUCAGCUACCACAAAGCCUACUACAAAAACAACCGAAUCAAACAACGAAACCCCUACACACCGACAACUACCACGAAGCCUACUACACACAACAGAAUCUACCACAUCACCUACACCGACAACUACCACAAAAUCUACUACAACAACAGAGUCUACGACAUCACUUACACCAAUAACUACCACAAAACCUACUAUAACAACAGAAUCUACCACAUCAUUUACACCAACAACAACAGAAUAUACCACAUCACCUACACCAAUCUACCACAUCAUUUACACCAACAACAACAGAAUAUACCACAUCACCUACACCGUCAAUUUCCACAAAGCCUACUACAACAAAUCAGAAUAUACCACAUCACCUACCUACCAACAACUACCACAAAAGCCACCUACAACACCACAAAUACUACCACAUCACCUACACCGUCAACUACCACAAAGCCUACUACAACAACAGAAUCUACCACUACACCAUCAGCUACCACAAAGCCUACUACAACAAAGAAUACUACCCCUACACCGACAACUACCACAAAGCCUACUACAACAACAUAACCUACAGCGACAACUACCACAAAAACUACUACAACAACAGAAUAUACCACAUCACCUACUACAACAUUGACACCAACACACAGAAUAUACCACAAACACCUACACCAUCACACUACCACAAAGCCUACUACAACAACAGAAUAUACCAGAUCACCUACACCGUCAACUACCACAAAGCCUACUACAACAACAGAAUCUACGACAUCACUUACACCAAUAACUACCACAAAACCUACUAUAACAACAGAAUAUACCACAUCAUUUACACCAACAACAACAGAAUAUACCACAUCACCUACAUCGUCAACUACCACAAAGCCUACUACAACAACAGAAUCUACGACAUCACUUACACCAAUAACUACCACAAAACCUACUACAACAACAGAAUCUACCCCUACACCAACAACUAUCACGAAGCCUACUACAACAACACAAUCUACCACAUCACCUAGACCGACAACUACCACAAAGCCUACUACAACAAAAGAAUCUACCACAUUACCUUCACCAUCAACUACCACAAAGCCUACUACAACAACCGAAUCUACCCCUACACCGACAACUACCACGAAGCCUACUACAACAACAGAAUCUACCACAUUACCUACAGCGACAACUACCACAUCACCUACUACAACAACAGAGUCUACGACAUCACUUACACCAAUAACUACCACAAAACCUACUAUAACAACAGAAUCUACCACAUCAUUUACACCAACAACAACAGAAUAUCAACAUCACCUACACACCGUCAACUACCACAAAGCCUACUACACAACAGAAUCUAACCCCUACACCGACAACUACAACACUACAACAACAGAAUCUACCACAUCACCUACACCAACAACUACCACAAAACCUACUACAACAACAGAAUCUACCCCUACACCAUCAACUACCACAAAACCUACUACAACAGAGUCUACGACAUCAUUUACACCAACAACAGAAUAUACCACAUCACCAACACCAAUCUACCCCUACACCAUCAACUACCACAAAGACUACUACAACAACAGAAUAUACCACAUCACCUACACCGUCAACUACCACAAAGCACGACCGAUCUACCCGACCGAAUCUACCCGAAGCCUACAUAACCGACAACAUCACCUACCACGACAAGCCUACUUCAACAACAGAAUCUACCACAUCACCUACACCGACAACUACCACAAAGCAUACUACAACAACUGA